AUGCAUGCGAAGAAAAGAAGUCGAUGGGGCAUGUCCCAUGUAUAUGAGGAGGAGUGGUUGGACGUACAGUGGUCGUACGAGGAGCUACCGAAUGGGCAUGCAUCUAGUUACAAGGAGGAGCUACUGUUUAGAGGAAAAGUCGAAGCUUGGGUAUAUAGCUAUGCGGUUCGGGUUAGUGUUGGUAAGGGAGAGGUUACAAGUGAGAGUUCAAAAGAGGAGGCGAUAGAGGGGUUGUAG